AUGGCGGAGGGCACGAGCUGUCACACACACACACACACACACACACACACACUCUGUUAGCAGACAUCAACGCUGCCUGUUACCCCCCCACCCUCCGUGGCGAGGACACGUAACCGUUCAUAACCUCCGCCAUUAUUCGCCCUCCCCCUCUCCUCCCCCCUGUUUCCUUUCUUUCCUCGAGCUCGUCUCUCUCCCGCCCUGCAGGGUCUCCACGGCGAUGCUUCCUCCUCGCCUCGACCUGCUAAUUUAACACCUCCUCCCCCUCCUCCUCCCCCCUCUCCCCCGCCGCCUCGCUCGCUUUCUCGCUCGCUCGCUCGUGCCAAGCCCAGGUGAUUAUCCAUCCGCCCCCCGUUUUCCGUUACCCCCCACCCCCCCGCGCGCCACCCCUCCCCCUCCAUCUCCUCCUCCCCCUCCUCUGUACCGACGGAGCGACAAAUCCCUCCCGGUGCUCCUGUCUCCCCCCUCCUCCCCCCUCCCCCCUCCUCUCUUUCUCUCUCUCUCCAUCUCCUUCCCCGCCAGCCAUGAUCCGUGGCGGGCUAAUUCCCAGACGGUCUUCUUCUUCCUCCUCUUCUCCUCCUUCCUCCUCCUCUUCUCCUCACCACCCUCCUCCCCCUCCUCCUCCUCCUCCUCCUCCUCCUCUUCCUCCUGGCGGGCUCGGUAAGUAGCGGCAGCACGCCAUCCAUCCCUCCGUCUUCUCGUUUUCUCUCCUCGCUGUCGGACUGCAUGCUGCGUUCACACUAUUUAUCGCUUGUUAUCGCUCUGCCUUUUUCCUGAUUGACCCCCUUCCCUCCCUCCUUCCCUCCCUCCCUUGCUUCCUCCCUCCUCCUCGGCUUCCUUGCUCUGUGCCUGAGGGGAGGAAGAGAAGGAGGGAGGAAGGGAGGGAGGGAGGGAGGAGGGGGGGGUUAAUGUGUCGCGUGGGAGAGGAGUUCUCCCCUUGCGGCCGGCGGCCACCGUGACCUUCUGUCGGAGCUCGCCGCCCGGGUGACCAGACGGGGUAAUUAGUUACGCCUCAGGGGAGGGGAGGGGGGGGAGAGACACACGCACACACAGAACACACACACACACACACACACACAGAAACACACACACACACAGAAACACACACACACAGAAACACACAAACACGCACAAACACACACACACACACAACACACACACACACACACACACACACACACAAACACACACACACAGAAACACACACACACACACACACGCACAGAAACACACACACACACAGAAACACACACACACACACACACACACAAAAACACAUUCACAAGAAAAGCUGACUGUCGUGUGUGUGUGUGUGUGUGUCUUUGUGUGUUUAUGUGCAGACCUCAGAUCUGUCUGUCGUUCCUGGUUGGACGUUGUUGGAUGUUGUUGGUCGUUGUUGGAUGUUGUUGGACGUUGUUGGAUGUUGUUGGUCGUUGUUGGACGUUGUUGGAUGUUGUUGGACGUUGUUGGAUGUUGUUGGUCGUUGUUGGAUGUUGUUGGUCUUUGUUGGAUGUUGUUGGAUGUUGUUGGUCGUUGUUGGAUGUUGUUGGAUGUUGUUGGUCGUUGUUGGUCGUUGUUGGAUGUUGUUGGAUGUUGUUGGAUGUUGUUGGACGUUGUUGGAUGUUGUUGGAUGUUGUUGGAUGUUGUUGGUCUUUGUUGGAUGUUGUUGGAUGUUGUUGGAUGUUGUUGGAUGUUGUUGGUCGUUGUUGGAUGUUGUUGGAUGUUGUUGGAUGUUGUUGGAUGUUGUUGGAUGUUGUUGGAUGUUGUUGGACGUUGUUGGAUGUUGUUGGAUGUUGUUGGUCGUUGUUGGAUGUUGUUGGACGCUCUUUGGGGUUAAAGUUCAAACUUAAAAAAGGUUAAAUCAGCGACGACCUCCGUGACCCCCAAGUGUGUUUUCUGUCUCCUGAUUGGUUGUUUGGUAUCAAACUCUGAGGGUUAAAGUUCAGAGUCACUCGGACAGACCUCACCCGUCCUCACCCGUCCUCACCCGUCCUCACCUGGGCACAGAGACGUCAAACUCGAUCUGAGUGAUUCAGGUCCUGAUCGAUCCUGAUUGAUCAGUGAUCCGGGUCAUAGUCCGAUUUGAGACUUCCUGACCAGGAAAGGUGAAAGGUCAAAGAGGUGACCAUGAGCCCAGGUGUGUCCAGAGACCAGAGAGAUCAGAACGAGAAAACCAGAUUCUUCAAUUAAAACCAGCAGGUCCAGAGACAGACCAGAGGGUCCAGAGACAGACCAGCGGGUCCAGAACAGACCAGCGGGUCCAGUUAGAGGUCUGACACUGGUCCUCCUGAGGUACCAGAGAAGGUCUCUGUGAUCCACAUCCAGGAACAGAUUUAGUCCAAACUUGAAGGUCCAGGACGUUUGAUCCCUCUCCAUCAGUCUGGUCCUCUUUCGUCAGAACCGGGUCUGGAUCUUAGAGAACCACCUCAGUGUAGUCCAGCCUCUGUCCGGAGUGACCCCGGACCGACCCGUCAGCAGGUCCUCGGUCCUGACGCUCAGACGUUGUUGAUCAGAAGUCGGAGGAUCGUCACGAACAGUCGACUCUUGAUCAGAUCUUGGAUCUUGUUCGCGGCUCUAAAACUCGGGUGGAGGUCUGUGACGAGAAAGAACUGAAGCUAACGAUAACUCAGACUCACUAAACCGAAUUAUCGCCUUAUUCCGAUUCAGACCGGACUACUGAAGGUCAUGGAAACACCGUAGUCCGACUACAAUCGGAGAACUCCGAUAAGUUAGACUCUUCUGACGUCUGACACCGACCUGCUGUUGUUGUUGACGGUUGGAUGGGGUCGGAAACAGCACCGCUGAAAAGACCCACAUCGCCCCCUAGUGUUGGGGAGGAGGACACGUUCACGUCAAUAAUUCAGUUUUCUCAGCUGCAUGUAAACGAGGACGAGGAGAGAAGUCGGAAAAAGACGAAUUAUGAGUUUAGUCGAUUAAACUGAGACUGUAAACGACCUGAUCAGCUGAUCAGUGAAACGACCUUGAGGAGAUUCAGUCCGUGACCUUUGAGUUCAGAGUGCCGACUCCGUCUCGUUACCGUCUGAAACUUUCGAGUUCUUUAAUAAAACGACUCACUCACAUUUUUCGUCGCCUCGUAUCGGCGCUGAGAAAGACGUCAGCGCGGUCAUGUGAUCAACGUGGUCGAUACCACGUAGAGAAUCGCUGGAUCUUCUCCGCCUGCUACAUCUACGAACCUCAGGAACCGAACCGACCUUGACUUUACCUGUCUGCUUCCUUACAGAGUGACACCUGUCCGUCAAUCAGGUCGAACCUCAGCGUGUGUGUGAGGACAUGUCAGGGAUGACCAGCGGCGUCUGUGUGGAGAGUGACCUUUCCUCGAUGCUCCAGAGAAGCUCCGCCCCUGCCCACCAUCACCCCAAUCACCACGCUUAUGGCGGACAGGGACAGGUGAGUCUCAGGUGUUUCUGUGCGUCACUUCUGUCCCGCCCCCUAAAUUCAUGGUCAACAGUCAGUCGUCAAAGAGAAUCAGCCAAUCAGCCGCGGCGUCAAACUCCCCGCCACUUUCACUUCGAUAUAAACGACCAGAACUUUUGUAAGUGGGUCUAGUCCAGGUCAAAGGUCCCUCAGGUGGGUCCAGACCGGGUCAGGUGGGUCCUCCCUACUCCUAUUAUGGAACAGCAGGCUUAUUGUUUGCUGUCAAUCAUGUCGUCCACGCCCCUUUUUUAGCACUGAGCUGACUCUGACGACAGACGCCAUCACUGCGAAACGUUUAUCUGGGUUUGGGGGGGUCCUGUGACGUGGUCCGGGGUUCAGAGGUCACUCAGUUGUCGGUCUUCUUGGUGUUCCAGGUUUCUGGUCUCGCUCCGAUGUUGGACUACUCUUCAGAGAUGGACCGGUACCGCUCGUCCAUCGCCACUUUCUAUAAGACCAACGUCAACAUGAACGUUACCAACUUCCCUCAGUCUGCAAAACUGGCGGCAAGGUUGGCGGCCGCCGCCCCUAUCUUUCCCCCUACUGCGGCCAGACUAGGCGCCAUGGCGACGGCGCCCUGGGGAUGCCAUGAAAACGUGAACAUGAACCAUCCUGCCGCCAUGUUCUGGGGCAGGCCUAAACCCAUGGCAACCGCCGCAACACAUCACCAUCACCAUCACCAUCCCACAGCAACAGCAGGUCACAUGACCUCUUCACACUCCCACGGCAACAGCAUGCAUCAGGGCGGCGGGGUGUCGGGAGGGGGAGGAAACGCAGGAAGCAACGAGGGGGGAGGAGCCGAGAAACACGGACACACUGCUCCUUCGCUCCCCCCCACACAGUCGUCCCAUCAUCACCCGAUGGCGCCUAGCAACGGAAACUUCCUGCCAGGUUAUGGCGGCAGCACAGACUGCGGUGUAAUGAACAAACAGGGACACGCCCACCCAGAAAUGAUGGGCCUAUCAGAAAGUGGGAGCUGCAAUGGAGGAGGAGUAAUGGGGAGUGGCUUUCUUGGAGGUCUGGGGUUACCUCCAGGGGUCAUCGUUAUGGCGAUGGGGUCAGCAGGGGGCGGGAUCGCAGAUGCUGGGAGUGCCUUUCAGAUGACAGGCAGCCAGAGAGCGCUAACAGACUGCCAGCAGCACACAAACUCCUCCCCCUGCCCCUCCUCCUCGCCGUCAUCAUCUGGGGUGACAGCAGGAGGCGUGGCCUUGUCAACAUCAACUUCCUCUUCCUCAGGGGCGGUGGCCAAGAGGAAGAGGAAGCGCUGUGGCGUGUGCGGACCGUGCAGGCGGCUCAUCAACUGUGGCGUUUGCUCGUCCUGCCGCAACAGGAAGACGGGUCACCAGAUCUGCAAGUUCAGGAAGUGCGAGGAGCUGAAGAAGAAACCGGGGGGAGGAGGGGGAGUGCUGGAGGUAAGGACACACACACACACACGCACGCACGCACACACACACACGCACGCACACACACAGACACGUUGUGGUGCGUGAGUCUUCUCCACAUGGUUUUGAGAAUCUUCUGUCGCCGUUGGCAAAUGGAAGAAUCAGAGAAGGUUGAAAUUGACCAGAACAAAGAAAGUUUGAUGGACGAGGUCGAGUCACUGCGGCGCCAUGAACACGCCAAGGUGACCCGACAGUUUCAGGCUGAUAGACGAUCUUCACACAUCCAAGACACAAACACGACAAGUGCGAGUUUGAGUCAAAGUCGAAGGUUUGUGUCGUCUAGAUUUAUGUCGGGUUUGACCCCGUGACCUCGUCCACGAAGUCUGUAAAGAUUUGACGGCGAUUCGUUUUCUUGGCCCUGAGAAGGAGAUCCACGAAACAGAGAUGAGAUCAUGUGAGAAGAUCUGACCAAUCAGAGACAGCCUGACGAAGUCUGGAUCUGAGAGGUCUGUAACCCUCGACGACGACGACGUUUGACUCCAGGACAGACUGUCUGAGUGUGUGUUUGUUCAUGUGUGUGUGUGUGUGUGUGUGUGUGUGUGUGUCUGUGUGUGCGUGUGUGUGUGUGUGUGUGUGUCCUGACUAUUGUCUGUGAGGUGGAGCUGUGCAGAUGUUGUGUGUGUGUGUGUGUGUGUGUGUGUGUGUGCGUGUGUUCAGGUAGUUUCACUCUCUUGCCUCAUCCUUCUUUGAAGUCAACCUGACAAACAGUCAGCCAAUCAGAAGAGUUUCCUCUGUUAAAGAAGCAGCAAAGCCUUCUGGGAGUUCUCUGAGCGCAGUGUUAGUUCAGGCAGGACACAAAUUUAAAGACACUCAGCUGAUCAUCUUCAUCAGAUUCAAGCGUCGAUUUGAUGUCAACGAAUAACGUUCCUUCGUCACUCUGAAGCGAACAGUCCGGCCGCCGUCAUGAUGCCGAUCCUUCAGUGAAAUCUUCAUCCAAAUCAAUAAACAAAGAAACACAACUCAGUGUGUCUGUGUGUGUGUGUCUGUGUGUGUGUGUGUGUGUCUGUGUGUGUGUCUGUGUGUGUGUGUGUGUGUGUGUGUGUGUGUGUGUGUGUCUGUGAGUGUGUGUGUGUGUGUGUGUGUGUGUGUCUGUGUGUGUGUCUGUGAGUGUGUGUGUGUGUCUGUGUGUGUGUCUGUGUGUGUGUGUGUCUGUGUGUGUGUCUGUGUGUGUGUGUGUGUGUGUCUGUGUGUGUGUCUGUGAGUGUGUGUGUGUGUCUAUGUGUCUGUGUGUGUGUCUUUGUGUGUGUGUGUGUCUGUGUAUGUGUGUGUCUGUGUGCAUGUGUCUGUGUCUGUGUGUGUGUCUGUGUCUGUGUGUGUCUGUGUGUGCAUGUGUGUCUGUGUGUGUGUGUGUCUGUGUGUGUGUCUCCCUCCGUGACCUCACUUCCUCUUUCUCUGUUUUUCUCAGCGACCUCCUUCCGUUCCGACCGGAGAAGCGUUCCGAUGGUUCUUCUAA